AUGUUGUUUGAAGUUGCUACUGUCGUGCUUUGCAAGAUUGAAAACGUCCACCUCUUUCAAUAUGGUGGGAAAGGGGGAAAGUGGCGCGAAUACGGCAGUGGGCCUCUUCGCUACAAGAUCAUUCUCAGAAGUGACCCGAGAUUCGAUUCUCAACGAGGAAAAGGUCAAGUGACCUUCCACAACAGCCUCACAUGUGCUGGUGGCCUGAACAUGCUGGUUAUAUAUAACUUUCCACUUGUUCAUAAGACAACCAGCAAACCGAACGAAGUCCAUUUCAAAGCGCGAUCCGCCGUAAUUGGUACCGAUUACAAGUCCAGCAUUUACGGCAUCAGGUUUGCAUCGCCUGAAGAUGCUGCGCGUUUCAUGUGGGCUCAUUGGGUUUUGCAACUUGCAUCUAUCAACCCUUCCAUUCCAAGUCCACUUUCUGUCGAAGCCACCACGACCCGUGCGUUUAUGGGAAUGGGACAAGAAGAGCAUGAAGAACAAGAUGUCAUCAAUCGCCACUUGAUCAUCUCUAGUCUCUGUCAGCUUGCAAGCGCGAACCGUGCCGUUCUCUCCUCUGAACAUCCAAGCUUCCAAUGGGCCGAGCAGCGUCUUUUCGAUGCCGAUGUCAAUGCCGGGCGUCUUCUUCAUAAUGCCACCGAAGUCGAUGCCGAGGCCGAACUUGACGCCGAGGCCAAACUCGAUGCCGAAGCCGACGACGAUUCGGCAAGUGUUCACAACUGGGAGUCGCAAGACUAUUUUUCUUUGGACUCAGAGCUGAAGUGA